AUGAAUGUGGGAGUAGGCAAUAGUAGCAAUAAUGGUAAUAAGACUACAGAGUUGGAUCAACUGUUCAAAAAUGUGAUAAAGAAUCAUAAAAGUACAAAGCUGAGUGAUACGAUAGAUGAAAUCAACCGGAAUAACCGUUAUAUAAUGGAAACUCAAUUCAAGAAGCUCUUAAAACUGCAUGACAAAUCUUUUAAUGAGAAAAGUGUUCUACCAAUGUAUGAAUUGUACAAAAAAUACUACAACUUGGUUGAAAAUGACCUUAAUAUUCAAAACGAAGCUGCCAUCCUAGAUAGAGAUUUACGAAUAAUUGAAAUGACGAUAGGAAAUAUUAAAAAACAAAUACAUAGUAAUAUAUACUGUUCAUAUAUGCUCGAAUUUAUGCUAGUCCCUUUGCUGCAUUUUCCCAUUUUUGUGUUUCGAUCCAACCUGCAUUGA